AAUUACUGCAACUAGCAACGCUGCACAAGCUGCACGGGAUCUCUUUUUAUGCGUACGCCGCAGCUGUUCAGCUCGCCGCCGCGACGCCACCACCGGAUCCCGCGAAUCUUUACUCACCCCUGCAGACAUGACCUCCGCGGUGGCGUGGUCGCCCCCCUCCUCCGCUGUCGGCCGCUGCCCCUGCCGUGGCGGCAGGCGCCCCUGCUCCUCCGUCCGUCCCCGCGCGGCGGCCGAGGAGCAGGACGGCGGCGGCGGUGGCGGCGAGGCCCCGCGGCUGGUGCUGCACGACUCCCUCGACGCCGCGGGGGUCGCGACCGCGCACGCCAGGGAGGCGCGGGAGGGGUUCGCGGAGCAGGUGGGGCGGCUCACCCGGUUGAACGCCGGGACCAGCAUCGCCAUCAGCCGCGGCGCCGACCUCGCCCGCGCCGCGCUCUGCGUCGCCGCCGAGGACGACUCGCUCGUCUCCCACUCCUCGGUCCCGCUCCCCGUCGACGCCUUCAUCGCGCGCCUCGACGACCUCUCCACGGGCUUCUGCGCCGGCGGCAACUUCCCGCCCUCCCACGCGCCGCCCGAGGUCUUCUUCGAUUACCUCGACCGCUACCUCUACGUGCACAAGGGCUUUCGAAGAACAAAUGGAAUCUCUGAUGUGCGGGCUAUGUAUCUUCAUUCGGUCUUGACAUGCAGAUCAGGAUCUGCUCUAAUGCUUGCAUUGAUAUAUUCAGAGAUACUGAAGACUGUACGCAUCUAUGGCUUACUGGAUUUCGAUGCAGAGAUAUUCUUUCCUACUGAUCUCGAUAGCCUCCCUAGAGGCUAUGACAAACAAAAAAGCAAGUUGGGUCACCAGCAACACAUUAUGACUUCAAAGUCACUUUUGGUUGAGAUUUUGAGAACUCUGAAAGCUACAUUUUGGCCAUUCCAGUCUAAUCAGUCUAGUAGUUUAUUUCUGAAUGCUGUUACUGCAAAUCACCAUGGCCCUGGUGCUUUAAAUAUAAGCGCCGUAGAGAUGGCUGCAGCUAAAGCUGCUCAGCAUAGAUUGAUGCGUGGAGUAUGGACUAAUGUUCGAUUUGGUGAUAUGCGUCGUGCUUUAGCAGCAUGUGAGCGGCUGAUACUACUACAACACGAUCCGCAUGAACUGCGGGAUUACGCCGCGCUCCUGUACCACUGUGGCUACUAUGAAGAGUGCCUACACUACUUAUCAUCGUACCAAACAGCCAUGGUCGGGCAGUCGCCGAGCAACCGAUUGGAGAUACUAGAGGAUGAAGCUGUAAAUACUCUCAGAGCACGGAUAACUCUAAUUUUAGCAGAGGAUGGCUGGAGCAGCUGCAGACCAGCAGCAAGUUACUGGACCAAGAACUCCGAGCCGUGGUAGUUUAGCUAGCUGACCAUCGUUGCAUCUGAAGCAAAUAUCUACAGAUUGUAUAUACUGUAUAGCAUGUUCAGCCAUGAGCCCAUGAUGUACAUAUGAUGGAUCGUCAGCCACUUGUAGAUACGGAUGAUCGAACACGUUGUCACUCUACAGGGACUACUCUUAUAAUUCUUUUUUUUAAAAUUGAUUUGAUACAGCACAAAUACUUAUAUCACAUAUCAGCAAUUUGCAACCAAACAAUGAAAAGUAAUUUUCAGAGG